AGUAUUUUCUACAUAGGCAGCAUAUCAUCUGCAAGUAGGGAUUGCUUUAUUCUUUUUUUCCAAUCUGUAUGUUUUGUAUUUCCGUUUGUUGCCUUACUGUGCUAGCUAGAACUUCUAGUCCUGUGUUGAUAAGCGUGGGGAGAGUGGACAUCCUUGCCUUGUUCCUAGUCCUGGGGGUCAGGCAUUCUAUCUUUCACCACUGAGCGUAAAGGCCAUCUGUGGGUUUGUUGUGGAUGCCACUUGCACUUUCCUGGGAUGGGUGCGAAUGAGACCGUUGGACUUUUUGUGGUGUUUGGCUGAAAUAGAGUAGUUAUUAUCUGCAAGUGUUCUGUCUUAUUUGUGGGGCAUUUUCUGCUUGUGCCUAUUGGCACUUCUGGGUUGCUAUUUUCCUCAGUUCUAAGUCUGGGCUGUGAAGCAAAAAGGAAAUGCAGGAAGCCCACCACUGUGUUGUUCCUUGGGUCCUGAGAUUCCUAACUGGUCUGCCUUCUUCACUCUGCCACUCAAAGUCUUCUUAUGUGUGUUUUGCAUAUAACAUCCGCGGGUUUUAGUUGCACUUAGCAGGUGGAAUCUGGAAGAGUGUGUCUGCUCCAUCUUCCUGGGAGCGGAAGCGGUUGGGAGUGUGAGAGCAGGUAGGUGGGGGCAGUUUAGAGACCCAAGGUUGGUUCUACAGGUGCAGAAGGGCUGUUGGGGCCCAGCCCUGACAGCAGUAUGGAGCGGUGUGGGCGGGUGGGGGCUGUGGCAGCCCAGCAGGCUGCUGCCCGUGUCCAGGCAGGAGAUACUGAGGUCAGGACCUGCGCUGUAACGGUAGAUGUAGGGCAGAGAGGAAGAAGAGGGAAGUACGCACGGGCAGUGAGGAAGUUCGAGGUUUCUAGCUUGGGCGACUAGCUCUGAGAUUAGGAAGGCAGAGGGAGGUGUCUGAGUGCAACAGAGGCUGUAUUCCAGGCAUUGUAGAGCAUGCCUGGAAGACUGGACUAACGGUACUUCCCUUCAGAGAAGGCUUCGCAGAGGAAGUCAGGCUGCUGUGCAAAAAUCCGGGGAGCGUGCGUUCUGGGCAGAGGAAACAGUGUGGGGAAAGGCACAGGUACAGGCAGCGGCGCCAUAGGCCUGUGGGACUCCAGCAGGCUGGGGCUAAGUGGGUGGUUACUGGCUCCGAAACUGAAAGGAUGCUGCAGGAGCACACGAAGGGAAGAGCUUCUGGAAUGGAAAUGGGUGCUGCCUGUGGUCUGGCUGACUCCUUACCUUCCGUUAUUCCUGCUGGCAUCAGUCUUCCCUACUGCAGACAGGCUGCCUCCCCAUGGGGCACAGCUGCUGACAGCCUCAGGGUAUAGUCUGGGGUGGGGGUGGGAGCAGUUCCUUUCUCUGCAUCUGUGUAUUGGUUCUAGAGAAAGGCUCUGAUUGGCCCAGGUUGGGUGAUGUGCGUGUCUUCUGGACCAAUCACUGUUGCCAGGGACUGGUGUUCUCUAAUCUGGGCUGGAUUGUAUACCCACCCCUACUGGGGCAAGCAGAAUCUUUUUAAGAAGGCAGAAGAAAUGCAUCUGUUGAGGAAGAUAAAAAAGACUGUUUACCAUGGCUUACUGUGAUAGGUUUUGAAGAAUGCAUAGUAUACCAAUGAAGAAACUCUGUAGAGUUUCAAGCAGGGGACUUGAUCAAAGUUAGGUUUUAUUAAAAUCAUUCCAAACACUGCGUGGGGUUGUGGUUGGAAAUAAGUGACUGGAGGUGGCACAACUGGAGCUGGAGUCCUGAGUGCCUGUGUUUGUGCUUCACCUCCAGCCACAGCAUCGGUGAGGUGGAGGCAGGGAGAAGAGGGGCUGACGGAGGACUCCCCCACAACCAAGGAGGUAGUGAUAAGUCUCUGGAAGGCUAGCCUUAUCUUUGGAAACUAGUUACUAAGUGGCGGCAGACUAGACGUGCCCUCUUGCUUCGGGAGAAAUGUGAGUGUUCUUGGCUUCUCAUGGUACCCUAACUGGAAAAGGAAGCUGAUUGGUCGCAUUUCCCUCUCUUUAAAAAACACCCUUGUUUGAGAAAUCAUAAUAGGCAUAGGCAGUAUGGCCAGGAGAGACGGGUGGAGAGGAGGGCACAGAACCCCAGCCUGUGGGUCUGCAUCAGGAGCUUUUGUCCCUUUGGCAUUGUCCUUGCUGUCGGGCCUUGAAGGGAUCUGAGGAAAGGGUGACAUGAUCUGGUUCACGUUGCACCACAUUUCCUCCUCUGUUGGGAACAGACUACAGGUGAGGUAGGAGUGACUCCAGGAGUGGCAGCAGGGAAGCAGGGCACCAGUUGGGAGGCUGGCACAACAGUCUAGGAUGGUUAUGAUGGAGGUGUUGAGAAAUGGUCACAUUCUGAAUUCACUCUAAGGUGAAAACCAGUUUUGAUGAGGCUUGGCUAUGGAAUGAAAGACAGAGAGAGGAGAUGAGAAUGACUCCAAAUCUUUUGGCCUGGGCAGCUGGAAAAUCAUUGUCUUAAACGGCAGGGGGUGAGACUGUGGAAGGAGCAGGUCUGGGGAAGCUCAGGGGCUCGUGUUGGGCGUGUUAAGUUGGAGACACCCAGCAUCCUUACACGGAGCUCCUGUCUACUUGACUUCUUACCUGACCUAGGCAGUUGGACGUGCUAGUCAGUUCAGAGGAGAGCCCAGGCUUGGAGAGAAACCUGGCCAUCGUCAGCACAGAGGCGAGAUCACCAAGAGAGUGACAGAGGAGAGAAGAGAGCGAGGACAGCCCUGGGGCGCUCUGCCAUAAGAGUUGGGAAGAUGAGGGGGAACAAGCAAAGGGAAGGAGCAGCGGUGUGGGGGGUGGGAGACCCAGAGAAGCUGCUGUCCUGGAAGCCGAGUGAAGGGAGGAGUCCAGGGCGACUGAUUCACUGGUGUCAAAGCCGCAGGACAUGGAGGACAGGCCAGAUGCACACUGUUGGACCUGAGCUUCAUCUUGCAAAUAAGUCGCAGUUCCUGACCUAAAGGGGAAUGCAAUUGUGCAAAAAAGGAUCAUUUGAGACUGAUUGGAAUAAAUCUGAGAAAAGUGUGAAGUUAAGUACCAUGGGAGUCCAGGAGAAGGGGACAGUACUUCUCGCUUUUGCAGGGAGGAUUGAGUGACAUUGAUUCAUGUCUUCAUUCAUUUAUUUAUUCAUUCUACAAAAACUUACUGGGUGCCAGGGACUGGAGGAAGGGGGGAGGCAGAGUUAUUGUUUAAUGGGUAUAGAGUUUCAGUUUUGCAGAAAAGAAGAGUUCUGGAGGUAGAUGUUGGUAAUGGUUGCACAACAGUAUGAAUGUACUCAAUAUUACUGAACCAUACACUUAAAGUGGUUAAGAUUGUAGCUUUUAUGUUACAUGUAUUUUACUACAAUUUUAAAAAGUGGAGAGGAAAAAAAUAAUACUUAUUGUGGCCUCACUGUGAACUUGAUCUGGGAUGAUGGGUGACAUUUGGGUAGAUAAUGUGAAGACAUCCCACCAAGAGGGCAGUGCAUCCUUGGGGUCUGGCUGGCUGGAUGGAAGGGUCCAUGUGGGAACCACCAGGCUGUGGCUGCAGAAGCAGGCUGGGCCAGUUGGUGCAGGCCUGGCAUCGUGGCUGCAGAGUUGGGCUUGCCUUCCUAGAUACUGGGAGCCUCUGGAGGUUUCUGCCCAAGGGAGUGUCAUUCAAAGGGGUGCAUUUAGAUUAAUCUCAUUAAUCCUUCCUGUUAAACCAUUGCCUAUUAAAAGCAAUAGGAUCCAGGUAUGCAUUUCUAUGUGACAAUUGUGGCCUAGCAGAAUUUUAGAUACCCAGGUGUAUGUUAAUGAAUUAAGUAGGUUGUUUUUCUAUCCAUUUUACAAAUAUUUGUUGAGAACCAUCUAAAUUCCCAUCAUGUUCUAGGCAGUAGGGGUAAGAGGCGGAGUGAUUUAACAGGUCUUUUCUCUUGAAAAGCCCGAAGUCUAGAGAGCCACCCCCUGACCCUGUAAACAAGAAAUUAUGCCAUGAUGUGCCAUGUGUUACCAUAGACAUGUCGCCCCAGAGUUCCAUGGGAGCUGAGAGGAGGGGCCACCUGGCCUGCCUGGGACACUGAGGAGGCUUCCAGGGAAAGGUUAUCCAAUGGAUGUGAAGGAGAAGCAGGGAUUUUCUAGGCAAAGAAGCAGAGAUGGAUAUCCAGGAGGAUGGUGCUGCUGGCUAGAGUGCAUGCUUUUGGACCCCAGCCUAACUUUUCAAAUGUGGACUCCUAGGCCUUCAUUGGUUUUUGGAAGAAGUUGACUGGCUAAAAGGAAAUUUCAAAACAUGAAAAUCGCUUUGAGGUGACCAACAAGUCCAGAGGCCCUUUGCCCCUCCCAAGCUGGCUCUGAGGGGUGACAACUGUAAUUUCAGAUGAGGGAACCUGGGCCCAGAGGGAGGGAGUGACAGCUCCAUUCCUAUUGCGCAGAGCCCAGACCCCUGACUGCAGCAGGCACAACCUCCUCUGCUGGGUUUGGAGUUGCAAGAGCAUCCAAUGGCAGACCAGAGAAUGGACAUUUCUUCAACCAUCAGUGAUUUCAUGUCCUCGGGCCCCGCCGACCUGCUGUCCAGCUCCCUCGGCACCAGCGGCGUGGACUGCAACCGCAAGCGGAAGGGCAGCUCCACCGACUACCAAGAAAGCAUGGACACAGACAAAGAUGACCCUCACGGAAGGUUAGAAUACACAGAGCACCAAGGAAGGAUCAAAAAUGCAAGGGAAGCUCACAGUCAGAUUGAAAAGCGGCGUCGGGAUAAAAUGAACAGUUUUAUUGAUGAACUGGCUUCUUUGGUACCAACGUGCAACGCCAUGUCCAGGAAAUUAGACAAACUUACUGUACUAAGGAUGGCUGUUCAGCACAUGAAAACGUUAAGAGGUGCCACCAAUCCAUAUACAGAAGCAAACUACAAACCCACUUUUCUAUCAGACGAUGAACUGAAACACCUCAUUCUCAGGGCAGCAGAUGGAUUUUUGUUUGUCGUAGGAUGUGACCGAGGGAAGAUACUCUUUGUCUCAGAGUCUGUCUUCAAGAUCCUCAACUACAGCCAGAACGAUCUGAUCGGUCAGAGUUUGUUUGACUACCUGCACCCUAAAGAUAUCACCAAAGUCAAGGAGCAGCUCUCCUCCUCCGACACCACACCCCGGGAGCGGCUCAUAGAUGCAAAAACUGGACUUCCAGUUAAAACAGAUAUAACCCCUGGGCCAUCUCGAUUAUGUUCUGGAGCACGACGUUCUUUCUUCUGUAGGAUGAAGUGUAACAGGCCUUCAGUAAAGGUUGAAGACAAGGACUUCCCCUCCACCUGCUCAAAGAAAAAAGCAGAUCGAAAAAGCUUCUGCACAAUACACAGCACAGGCUAUUUGAAAAGCUGGCCGCCCACAAAGAUGGGGCUGGAUGAAGACAAUGAACCGGACAACGAGGGGUGUAACCUCAGCUGCCUUGUCGCAAUCGGACGACUACAUUCUCACAUGGUUCCACAACCGGUGAACGGGGAAAUCAGGGUGAAAUCUAUGGAAUAUGUUUCUCGGCACGCAAUAGAUGGCAAGUUUGUUUUUGUAGACCAGAGGGCAACAGCUAUUUUGGCAUAUUUACCACAAGAACUUCUAGGCACAUCGUGUUAUGAAUAUUUUCACCAAGAUGACAUAGGACAUCUUGCAGAAUGUCAUAGGCAAGUUUUACAGACGAGAGAAAAGAUCACAACAAAUUGCUAUAAGUUUAAAAUCAAAGAUGGUUCUUUCAUCACACUACGGAGUCGAUGGUUCAGUUUCAUGAACCCUUGGACCAAGGAAGUAGAAUACAUUGUUUCAACCAACACUGUUGUUUUAGCCAACGUCUUGGAAGGCGGGGACCCAACCUUCCCGCAGCUCACAGCGUCCCCGCACAGCAUGGACAGCAUGCUGCCCUCUGGAGAAGGUGGCCCAAAGAGGACCCACCCCACUGUUCCAGGGAUUCCAGGGGGAACAAGGGCUGGGGCAGGAAAAAUAGGUCGAAUGAUUGCUGAGGAAAUCAUGGAAAUCCACAGGAUAAGAGGGUCCUCACCUUCCAGCUGUGGCUCCAGCCCAUUGAACAUCACGAGUACACCUCCCCCUGAUGCCUCUUCUCCAGGAGGCAAGAAGAUUUUAAAUGGAGGGACUCCAGACAUUCCUUCCAGUGGCCUACUACCAGGACAGGCUCAGGAGAAUCCAGGUUAUCCAUAUUCUGAUAGUUCUUCUAUUCUGGGUGAGAACCCCCACAUAGGUAUGGACAUGAUAGACAAUGACCAAGGAUCAAGUAGUCCCAGUAAUGAUGAAGCAGCAAUGGCUGUCAUCAUGAGCCUCUUGGAAGCAGAUGCUGGGCUGGGUGGCCCUGUUGACUUUAGCGACUUGCCAUGGCCGCUGUAAACACUACAUGUUGCUUUGGCAACAGCUACAGUAUCAAAGUGCAUUACUGGUGGAGUUUUACAGUCUGUGAAGCUUACUGGAUAAGGAGAGAACAGCUUUUAUGUACUGAUUUCAUAAAAGCCAUCUCAGAGCCAUUGAUACAAGUCAAUCUUAUUAUGUGUAACUUCAGACAAAGUGGAACUAAGCCUGCUCCAGUGUUUCCUCAUCAUUGAUUAUUGGGCUAGCUGUGGAUAGCUUGCAUUAAUUGUAUAUUUUGGAUUCUGUUUGUGUUGAAUUUUUUAAUCAUUGUGCACAGAAGCAUCAUUGGUAGCUUUUAUAUGCAAAUGGUCAUUUCAGAUGUAUGGUGUUUUUACACUACAAAGAAGUCCCCCAUGUGGAUAUUUCUUAUACUAAUUGUAUCAUAAAGCUGUUUAUUCUUCCUUGUAAGAAUCCUUUACUAUAAAUAUGGGUUAAAGUAUAAUGUAUUAGACAGUUAAAUAUUUUUAAUAAAUGUUUCCCUUGUUCUAUAAA